AUGCAUACACGGCUAAUCUUCCGUAAGUGGCGGAGGAAGAUUGGGAACGCCAUAAUGGCAGUGCUCCCGCCUUUGAAUUUCUUGACGCUGCAUUAUUUCUAUUUCAUUGCGACAAACAUCGUCGCCAGUAUCAUUUUCUACUUAACAUCCACGCCAUGGCGCAGCGUUGCCUAUGUGGACUCGAUUUUCAUGUGCGUCAGUGCUAUGACCGGUGCUGGAUUGAAUACAGUGGAUUUAUCGACUUUGAAUAGCUUUCAACAAGCGGUUUUGUUCACACUGCUCAUUCUGGGCCAUGCCAUUCUCAUCUCCCUCACUGUACUUCUAGUACGCAAGCGGGUGUUCGAGGCAAAAUUCAAGGGUGUCUCCGAUGAACGAGAAAGAGAGAGGUCAACUCGUAACCACUCGGAAGUUGAACUUCAGGCCAGAGAGCGAGAACCCGCUCAUGAAAGCACCGGAACUGACCUCCCCGGCGAGAGCACCGAAGGACAGGGAUGUAAAUCGCGUUCAAAGACAUCCGUCCAAGUCCAGGUUAGAUCGGGAGAGCCAUCAUCCCGCGACGAACAGCCAUGGGUGGACGAUGACCAAAUAACCAUCGGUGGCACGCCCUGCCGUCACCAUCACCACCGAGUCUUCCCUAUGGCUGGCAUCGGGGCGAGACCCGAUCUCCAUAACCAUCCCCGCGACGCAGCGCCAAAUCUUCCUUUGGUCGUAAAGGAUUCGGUGUCGGGUUUCAAGGCAAUUCUCCGCGGUACACAAAAGUACAUGGCCUCCAAGGGUCUUGUGUCCCGCAACUCCCAGUUCCACGAUCUCACUCCUGCUGAGCGCGACGAAUUAGGUGGCGUGGAGUAUAAGGCGGUUUCGUUUUUGUCGGUGAUUGUGUUCCUUUAUUUCAUCUUGUUCCUCGUGUUCGGUAUGAUCGGAGUCGGUGUCUGGCUGGAAGUUAAUGAUCCUGCCGUGACACGCACAAACGGCCUUUCACCUUUCUGGACAGGUGCUUUCUUUGCUGUUUCUGCUUUCGUGAACAGUGGCAUGUCGCUCCUAGACGCUAAUAUGACUGCUUUGCAGUUGAGGGCUUAUCCACUUCUCACGAUGGGACUGCUGAUUCUCGCUGGAAAUACCCUCUUCCCAUGUUUCCUGCGAUUUAUUAUCUGGAUUAUGAGGGUCAUGCUUCCGGAUCGGCCGAAGUGGCAGUCGUGGCGCAUAACCCUUGACUUCAUCCUGGAGCAUCCUCGGAGGGUCUACACGAAUCUCUUCCCUGCCCGCCAUACAUGGUAUCUACUCGGCACGAUCAUCAUUCUGAACGGUAUUGACUGGGCGGCAUUCGAGGUGCUCUCUAUUGGAAACAAGGACAUUGAGAGUCUUCCUACCGAGUACCGUGUGCUGGAUGGACUAUUCCAAGCCCUAGCGGUACGCGCUGGUGGUUUCUACGUUGUAACCAUUGCCGAUCUUCGCCAAGGUCUUUUGGUUCUCUAUGUAACGCUCACAAUGCGCAACACAAACGUCUACGAAGAACGCUCACUGGGAAUCUACGCGCACGACGAAUCCCCUGACUCACCCGCAAACACAAGCCGCAGCAACGUAGUAAUGGACCUAGUCAGGCAUCACCUCGGCCGCCCAGGCCUGUCAGAGACUUCGCGCGGCUACUUCGUGCAUCAGCAGCUCCGAUCCCAGCUGAGCCAUGACCUGUGGUGGAUCGCGCUGGCCGUUUUCUUUAUCGCCAUCGCCGAAUCAGACCACUAUGAAUCCCAGCCCGUGGCCUUUUCCACGUUCAAUAUCAUCUUUGAAGUUGUCUCUGCGUACGGCUGUGUGGGUGUCAGUCUUGGCUUCCCUGGGAAGAAUUACUCGUUCUGUGGCGCGUGGCAUACCAUUAGCAAGUUGAUUCUUGCUGCCGUUGCUUUACGGGGUAGACAUCGUGGUCUGCCAGUGGCUAUUGAUAAGGCUAUUAUGUUACCCAGUGAGUCUUUGGCUUGGGCGGAGGAGGAGGAUGCUGCUUUGCGGAGAGAUAGAUCUAGGGCUUGGGCUCAGGAUCAUGGGCCUGUUGGGUCUGUUUAG